AUGAGUAAACGAAAGCAGGACGGCGACGGUCAGGUGGUCAGGAAUGAGGCGCCUCAAGACGACGAGAGCGGGGACGACGAAGAUUUCGAUGUCCUCGAUGUUGAGUUCGAGUGGUUUGAUCCUCAACCCGAGUUCGACUUUCACGGUAUCAAGACAUUGCUCCAGCAGCUGUUCGACGUCGAUGCCCAACUCUUCGACUUGUCCGCCCUGACGGAUGUGAUUCUCGCGCAGCCUACCCUCGGCUCGACAGUCAAGGUCGAUGGCAACGAAACCGACGCCUAUGCCUUCCUCUCUAUUCUGAACCUCCAGCAACACAAGGACAAGCCAUUCGUGAGCAAGAUUGCUCAGUACAUACAGUCGAAGAGCAAAUCAAAUCCGAACCUUGCUCCGCUAGCCGAGCUUCUUUCUCAGCCCACCAUUCCACCGAUUGGCCUCAUCCUCACCGAACGCCUCAUCAACGUGCCCGCCGAGGUGGUUCCGCCGAUGUACACAAUGCUGCUAGAAGAGAUGGACUGGGCUGUCCAGGACGGCGAGCCUUACGAUUUCUCCCACUACCUGAUUCUCUCUAAGACAUACAUUGAGGUGGCUUCCAAGCUGGACGCCGAGGAUGAACAGCCAAAGAAGAAGAAAAAGUCGGCCAGUGGCUUUUCCGAGCCAAUGUAUUUCCAUCCCGAAGAUGAGGUACUUCACCGCUACGCUGUUUGCCAUGGUGGCUUCGAUUACUCGAUCCGCCAAGACGACGGGCACUCGGAUUCGAAACGGGCCUUUCAAGAAAUGGGAAUCAAGCCGCAGGGACAUGCCACACUGAUUGCAGCUGACAAGUUCAAGGAUGCGGUUCAGAACGUCGCGGAGUACCUGAAGCCAUCCUGA